UCUGAGCUUUCUAAUUCCUAACCUCACACACUUGGGAACACAUUAGAUAUUCCUAUGUAAAAGACACCCAGAAUGUCAAUCCUUCUGAUAGGCGUGCAAACACACAAACCUUCUCCAACACAAAAACACACAGUCUCUAAAAACAAGAAGUGGUACAAAGCCACAGUGGUAGAGGGACAGGUACUGGGGUCUGGCGACAGCCUCUUCACCCACAGGAGGAAGCCCCUCCCCUCCCCCGCCAGUGACUCAGCUACCCCACUAGUAUGCAUUACCCACUGAUGACCAAGAAAUGGAGGCUGCUCAAAGUAUCUCUGUAAGCAGAGAUAGUUGACGGGCAGUGACAGUGGGCUUUCAUUUCAGGGCACCGAAAGGGAGAAAAGAGCAAGGGGACGCCCCACUGAGUAAACAAAAGCCCCCUAAGAAUAGGAAACCCCAUCUUGCCUCCCACUUGGUGUCUACCCAUGGUAAGGCUAUCCCCUUAGAGAGCCCUUAGAAGUAUUCUCAGGGCCCUUUGAACCCGAGCCCUUAUGCUGGUGCCACUUGAGGUCUUUCCCUAGCCUCUUCCUACAGCCAUGGAAGGGCAAUGCAAGUCAUUGGGCAUUAAACAAUGACAACAGAAACAGAUCCUACAGCAGGUACUUUGACUUGCAAGAGUAGGGACACACUGUUAGAUCACAGACCCUCUGGCUGCCUUAGCCCCACCCCCUGCUGCACGCCACCUCUCUGGGACACAGUUAAGAAGCCCUGCUGUUCUGUGGCCUCGCAGCUCCUCGGCCUUGCAAUUGCAAUAUAAGGCUAUCAAUACCUGGCUCCAUGUAAUGCCAGGAGUCACACAGAUCUUGCUCAACUAAAUCACAUGGUAUAAAACUUCUGCUACUUCAUAAAAACCUAUACAAGUCAGAAAAAUCCUCUGGGACCAGAUGGCUUCUCAAGACUUCUGUGCAUGCUGUACAUGGAGACUCUCUCCUAGUGAAGUACUUCUCUGGGAAAUUUUGGUUUGUUCGAGUCAGGGUUUCUCUGUGUAGCCCUGGGUGUCCUGGAACACUCUGUAUACCAGGCUGGCCUCGAACUCACAGAGAUUUACCUGCCUCUGCCUCCUGAGUGCUGGAAUUAAAGGUGUGUGUCACUACCACCAAGCUCUAAGGGGCAAUUUCAAGUUUGAUCCUUUCCCAAGCUAACCUACCUGCUGCAUCUGGCUUCCGAUUUAUCACCUGACUUAUUCUUGGAAUGUCUCCCUUCUCUGAGAAAAGUGGCUCUUGCUGGUAAUCCUAGUACUCAGGAGGCUGAGGUAGGAGGAUCAGGAGUUUGAAGUCAGCCUGAGCAACAUGAGACACUGAAUGAAACAACAACAAAAAAUGUCCCCAUUUUCUGCUUCCCAGGCUCAUGCAGAGAGCAUCAUCUGUUACCUUCACCCUGGGAUAGAUAGUCAAGAAACCUCAGGUCAGGAGGACACAGCCUGUGACCAGGCAGAGGCUAACGCAGAUAGAUUUGAACAUAUGAUCGGAAGAGAAAUAUGUGGGAAAGGGAGGCAUGAUUGUCUCACUGUUUUGUUGUUAAUUUGAUUUUGUUGUUUGAGAUAAGGUUUGUUGCCCAGGCUGACCUGGAACUCAUUCUAUAGCCCAGGUUGACCUCAUGGAAAUCUUCCUGCCUUAGCCUCCCAAGUGCUGGGUUCUAAGAAUGAGCCAUUAUAUGAGCUGGUCCCACUGGGUUAGGAAGCGGCAACUGUGCCCCUGAGGUGGAGCGGCCGCCAUGGCCAAGUACCUGGCCAAGAUCAUUGUGAUGGGUUUGCAGGUGAUGGGCAGAGCCUUUGCCCGGGCCCUGAGGCAGGAGUUUGCAGCAAGCCAGGCAGCUGCUGAUGCUCAGGGUCAUGCUGGACACCAGUCUGCAGCCACAUCCAACCUCUCUGGCUUCAGCCUCCAAGAGGCCCAGCAGAUUCUCAACAUCUCCAGGCUGAACCCUGAGCAGGGCCAGAAGAAUUAUGAACACCCAUUUAAAGUGAACAACAAAUCUGUGGGUGGCUCCUACCUGCAGUCAAAGUUUGUCCACGCAAAGGAACGCCUAGAUGAGGAACUUCAAAUACAAGCCCAAGAAGACAGAGAGAAAGGGCAGAUGCCCAAAACGUGACUGAUGGGCACGCCCCACCCC